UGCGUCAAACGAACUUAUAUGCGAACUACGUGUAUAUUUUUGGCCAGGAUUUAGUGCUGUUAAAAAAUUAUCAACAAUGGCGGCAUGUGGGCUGCAGCAAUGCGACUUUAGUUGCCGUGAAGUAAAGUGUUUGGAAUAUACGAAUUUCGAUAUGGCUUUGCACUGCUUUCAGCUUAAUGGGGAACAGUCGAGUUAUCAAGUUUUCAAUGUGAAAUACAUACAGAAAAGCAGAAUGCCUACUUGCGGAUGGAUCGUGCAGUAUAUACCUCGGUUGCCCACUGUUAUUAUUUCAAAUGCUUCCGAUGCUGAACUUAAGAUGGCGUUCGAAGAUAUCACGAAUAAUCGUCCACAGUACACUGAAAUCGGUCAAAAAUGCAUAGAGAACAUGUCAAAUUUGUGUGUUCUGCAAGUGGAAUAUCUCCUGAUGAAUUGUAAUUGCCGUCCCAUAAAGUUUGACACGAAAACGUCUUUAGACUAUACUGGCGCAGAAAAUUAUGUGGCUCCUCCAUUAAAAUUUGUGUCUGUUGAGGAAACGUUUCAGACGAUCAAUCCUAUCACCAUUAUUGGACGAACCUACGAUUUGAUGUCUAAUAUUCCCGAUGGUCUAUCGGUAAUGAAGAAAGCGGUUGAGGAACACAUCUACAAACAGGGAAUGGACGCUCUGGAGAGUUGCUGUGAAACCGCAAUUAAUGAUCCCAAGCUGUACUUCGACACGAUUUUGGACGUACACAGCCAACAUCACGGUUUGGUAUCAAGCACAUUUAAAAAUGAUAGAAGCUUUUUAUCUGCCUUGGACAAGGCUUGUGACAGAUUCAUAAACACAAACGCUGUAACUAUUGCCAGGAGCAAUCCUCUGAAAAGUGCUGAAUUGUUGGCCAGGUUCAGUGACAUUCUAUUGAAAAGGUCAGGCAGAAAUUGGUUGGACAAUGAAUUGGAGGAAGUUCUCAACAAUUUCUUGACUGUAUUUAAGUACAUUCAGGAUAAGGAUGUAUUUCGCGCGUUGUACCGCAUAAUGUUGGCGGAGCGUUUGAUUCAACACACGUCUGCUAGUGACGAAGCUGAGCUGUUAAUGUUCUCGAAAUUAGAGCAGGCCUGUAACUACGAAUAUACUGCAAAGUUGCGAAGAAUGUUUCAGGACAUCGGAAAAUCGAAAGCAUUAAAUGCUCGCUACCGAGAACACUUGAAUAGUUUGAACGUAGUGGCCGACAUUGACUUUAACAUUAAAAUACUGUCUAGCCGUACUUGGCCAUUCAAACAAGACUGCAGCAGCUUUUCACUGCCAUCAGAGCUUGAACUAUCGUAUCAACGAUUUAACGACUACUUCACAAGCGUCCAUUCGGGUCGCAAAUUGAAUUGGCUUUAUCUAAUGUGCCAAGGAGAAUUGGAGACCAAUUACUUCAAGAGCAGACAUAUCUUCCAGGCGAAUAUAUUUCAAAUGGCUGUUCUACUGCAGUUCAAUAAAAAAUUAAGAUUCUCAGUUCAACAAAUCGAACUUAACACCGGCAUUAAUCAAGUCCAACUGAUUGAAAUUAUCAAAAUUUUGCUAAAAUCAAAAAUUGUCGCGAGCUCCGAUGACGAAUCAAACAUAAGUAAUACGUCGGUUAUUGAAUUGUUUGCAGAAUAUAAAAACGAGAAGCUACGGAUUAACAUCGACAUACCAUUGAACAAUGAGCAGAAGUUUGAAGAGGAGAAUGCUACCCAAGCAAUUGAAGAAUACAGCAUAAUGAAAAUUCGAGCCGCUAUCCUUAGAAUCAUGAAAACAAGAAAAAUUUGUCAAUGCCAGCUGUUGGUGAGCGAGGUGAUAGUCACAUUGGCGCCACGAUUUAAGGCGAAGAUCCCGUUAAUCAUUAAAUGCAUCAAUAAACUCAUCCAGAUGGAAUACUUGCAGAGACACGGUCGUACUUACAGCUACUUAAUGUGAUUGAUUCAUUUACAUCCGAAAGCGCAGCGCGUGACUGUAAAUGAGUGCUUACCGGACCGGACGAUAAGAUAUAAAAUAUAAUGCGUAGGUACCUGCAGGAAAAUUGGAUUAUUCACUCUGGGGAUUAUAUCCCUCGCUAAAGCUCUGGAUACAAACCUACCCCUUGUGAGUAAGCAAUUUUUACCCGCAGGUACGUAACAUACUAUUACACUUCAUCAAUUAUUGAAAUAAAUUUUGGUUUUGAAAGA